AUGAGUACUGACAACGACGACCUAGCCUCCAUCACGGCAGAAGCGCCUUCCGGCGGAGUCUUCAAUUCGCUAAACCGUCGCAGUCGCAUGAGGUCGUGUUGGCUGCCGCUGAUUAGCUUUUGCAAUGCGGUGGGUCUAGUGGGAAUGGGCUUGCUGGUAGCCUUUCUAUUCUUUCAACUUCAAUACGUAACCUACAAAUUGCAACUGGAAGAAAAGCAAAUAAUGGAUCUACAGAGGCAAGUGCAAGAUCAGCAAGCAGGACAAAUCCAAGAAUUGGCCGUGCAAGUCGAAGACCAAAAGUCGUAUACCGUCUACAAUCUAGCAGGUACCUUCACCCUCCUGACAUGUCUCAUAUCCGCCUUUCACAUGGCCGUUCAUGUGAGAAACAUGGUGGAACCCAUCGUGCAAAGAAAAAUAUUGGCGAUUCUUUGGAUGAGUCCAAUUUACAGUGUCACCAGCUUUCUCAGUCUGCUGCUACCCAUGACAGAAGGGUACCUUUCCAUUAUCAAGGAUUUCUACGAAGCCUACGUCGUUUACAGUUUCCUCUCCUUCCUGAUAUCCGUUCUGGGGAGGGGUGACCGCAGCGUCGUUGUCGAUCUGUUGGCGCGCCAUGCCGAUCAUCUAGAUACUCCGGCCAAAUGCUUACGACGAUUCUACGUGCCUCCGCCAGAAACAUCAGACCUAGCCAAAGCCAACGCUGUCUUGCUGGAGUGCCAGAUUUACACAAUGCAAUUCGUGUUCGUUAGGCCUUUGACUUCAAUCGCCUCCUUCUUGGUGUUUACACUCAGUCGAGACUUGGAUCACGAUGGGAUUGCAGAAUCAGCGGGAGAAAGUGCUGCGUCCUACUUUACGUCACCAGCCUUCUUUAUCGCCAUGAUCGAAAACAUUUCGGUAUUCUUCGCAUUUGCAGGACUCCUCAAAUUCUACCACAUCUUUCAAGAUGAACUUGCUUGGAUGAAACCCUUCAACAAGUUCCUUGCCAUCAAAGGCAUUGUCUUUCUUACGUUUUGGCAGGGAUUGGCAAUCACCAUUAUUGUACACUUGGAUGGAAACAACAAUGACUACAACAAGGAACAUGAACAAGCCAUGCUCAUUCAGAAUACUCUCAUCUGUUUGGAAAUGCUCUUCUUUGCAUUGGCACAUUGGUGUGUAUUUCCACCAGAGGAAUGGGAGCCAGAUUAUCGACCAAAACAAUAUGCGAGGCCUGGAUUAGGGAUCAAAGACUUUGCAUCAGAUGUCCGUGUUAUUAUGGGACGUGGUAAGCACAAGCAAGGAGCCAUGCCAGUACCCACCACCCCUCCACCUGUGGACCAUCUCGCAGCACCAAAUUUAGGGGACCUGGAACUGGCCGAAGAAGACAAGAUUAUAUAG